GGGAGAGGAAGCAGCUGGCGAUGCUGGAACAAACAUGGCCGCCCCGGCGCUUCUGGGCCCUUGGGGCUCUCGCUGUCUUCGGCUGGUCGCAGGUUUCCGACUGCUGCCGAUGCUGGGACUAUUCCAGUUGCUGACCGAGCCCGGUCUGGGCCGCGUCCAUCACCUGGCACUCAAGGACGAUGUGAGGCAUAAAGUUCAUCUGAACACCUUUGGAUUCUUCAAAGAUGGGUACAUGGUGGUUAACAUCAGCAGCCUCUCCGUGAAUGAGCCUGAAAAAGCCACAGACAAGGAUACUGAUGGAAUUGGCUUCAGCCUUGACCGGACAAAGAAUGACGGCUUUUCUUCUUAUUUGGAUGAAGAUGCGGACUACUGUAUUUUAAGGAAACAAUCUGUUUCUGUUGCCCUUGUAAUCCUAGACAUCUCCAGAAGUGAAGUAAAAGUCAAAUCUCCACCCGAAGCUGGAACCCAGUUUCCAAAGAUUAUCCUCAGAAAUGAUAAGAAAGUCCAGGAGCCUCACGUCAAACCUGUUACAGCAGGCGGCCAAACUCAGAAAGGACCAGAUGGUAUAAAGUCUGAAAGAAGUACAGUGGAUUCAAAGCCACCAGGAGAGAAAUCCUUUCCAAUUCAUAACAGCAAUGGAGCAGUUUCAUUUCAGUUUUUCUUUAACAUCAGCACUGAUGAGCAAGAAGGCCUCUACAGUCUUUACUUCCAUAAGUGCGCAAGCAGUGACUCGCACGCGAGUGACAUGUUUUCAUUCAGCUUGGAUAUCGAGAUCACGGAGAAGAAUCCUGACAGCUACCUCUCAGCAGGGGAAAUCCCUCUCCCCAAAUUAUACAUCUCUAUGGCCUUUUUCUUCUUCCUUUCCGGGAUCAUCUGGAUUCACAUCCUUCGGAAACAAAGGAAUGAUGUAUUUAAAAUCCACUGGCUGAUGGCGGCCCUUCCAUUCACUAAGUCUCUCUCUCUGGUGUUCCAUGCAAUCGACUACCACUACAUCUCAUCGCAGGGCUUUCCCAUUGAGGGCUGGGCUGUCGUGUACUACAUCACGCACCUCCUGAAAGGCGCCCUGCUGUUCAUCACCAUCGCGCUCAUUGGCACUGGCUGGGCUUUCAUUAAGCACAUCCUGUCUGAUAAGGACAAGAAGAUCUUCAUGAUCGUCAUCCCGCUUCAGGUCCUGGCGAACGUGGCCUACAUCAUCAUCGAGUCCACCGAGGAGGGCACGACAGAGUACGGCUUGUGGAAGGACUCUCUGUUCCUGGUUGACCUGCUGUGCUGUGGGGCCAUCCUCUUCCCCGUGGUGUGGUCCAUCAGACAUUUACAAGAAGCCUCGGCCACAGAUGGAAAAGCUGCUAUUAACUUAGCAAAGCUGAAACUUUUCAGACACUACUACGUCUUGAUUGUGUGUUACAUAUACUUCACCAGGAUCAUCGCGUUCCUCCUCAAGUUCGCUGUGCCGUUCCAGUGGAAGUGGCUCUAUCAGCUCCUGGAUGAAACUGCCACACUGGUGUUCUUUGUCCUGACUGGGUGUAAAUUCCGUCCGGCUUCCGAUAACCCCUACCUGCAGCUGUCUCAGGAGGAAGAUGACUUGGAAAUGGAAUCUGUGGUGACCUCGUCAGGAGCGAUGGAGAAUGUGAAGAAGGUCAAGAAGGUGACCAACGGCAGCGUGGAGGCCCCGGGGGACUGGGAAGGCACCGCGUGACAGCCGGCGCCCAGGCGCUGUCAGAGUAAACUUCUAAUCCUUCUUAGUCCCGUUGGUGAGC